AUGCUGUGCCGUUCGCGAGCGACCUUCCCCAGGGCGGCGGUGGCGUUCUUUAACAUGAAGCACUUUCAGACCAAAAAGAAGUACAACCUUACUCCCCAGAACAUUUAUGAGACGUUCUCCACCGUGCUGUCGCCCCGUGACCGACUGCUGCGUCAGUCUGUCUCCGGCGGCGGCGGGUCUCGUGUACUGGUGCUGGAUGCCCAGCAACGGGUGAAGGGGGUUUACUUGCCCGUCUUUUGCAUGCCGCACCCUUCCACCAUCACAAACGGCAGCAACUCCCUGGGUGUGGCAGUCUCUGACUACACGCGUUUCAUUGAGGCGACGUCAGCAAUGCACAAGGCAGGCGGCGGCGGCACUGCGUCCACGUUGCCGACGGUGCUAGUGGUACUGUCGCAUCCGCAAGGACUGGCCUAUGGCACCUUUCGAGCCGACGGUAUACCAGGUGUUCCAAUGAAGAAUCUUGCACUGGCGCCAACUCUUGUCAAUGCGAGGGCACAGCAGAAGUCGACGAACAUCGCCUCCACACCUCUCCGGACCUCUGGGUUGGGUACGGUGAUUCCGCUGCUGAACGUUUCCCAUGGUCGUGUAGAUGUCAUCCGCGACAUCUAUAAGGAGCUGAAUGAGUGCGAGCGCGUUGCAGCGCUGAAGGCCUGCUCCACCUUCGUGUGGGCUCAAAAGGACAACACGUCAUCGACGACCUUUGAAACGGCCCAAUCCUCUGAGCGAUACUGGGAACGUGCAAAAAGAGACGGUGACGCCGCAAUGGCGCCGCCGCCGGGUGCUAUCUCGUUUCUGGACCGCCGCUGGGUCUUGGUAACGGACGUUGCCCUUCACCCCGAUACCGGCGUAGGCCUUUACGCGCGCGAUCCCGCCACAGGCGAUCGCAUCGUGAAUGCGACUGGGGUGCAGUCUGCCCUUUGCAGAGGACUGCUCUUGCUCGAUCACGUUCCCCGCACCGCGGCGGAGACAGGAACAGCCAAUACCGACACGCGUACAAGUGGAUGA